UCGUCUUGGUCUCCUUUGUCUUUCGCGUUGUGUGCAUCUGCCUCCCAACGCCGCGCUUGGCAGUGAGUCGCCCUGCAGCGGAGCACGCCACUGAAACCUGCUGAAAACGCGCGCCAAACCGCCGCCGGCGUUGUGUGGUCCUCUUGUAGUGGCCCCAAGUGCGUGUACCUUGUGCGAUGAGCUUCCUGAAGCACUUCGAUCCCUCGAAGAUUCCUCGGACGAGGGUGGAGCUGCAUCUUCAUUUAGACGGCUCCGUACGACUGGAGACAAUAUGGGAACUUGCGCACAAGAAGAAGAUUGACCUUGGAUGCUCUUCAAUAGCUGCCCUGCGAUGGCGGCUGCAGAAAGUGGAGUCAUCGUCACUGAAAGACUUCCUCGACCGCUUUUCCACAUUUUUGCCUACUAUAGUGGGCGACUUGGUAGCAAUCGAGCGCAUUGCGUACGAGCUGUGCGAGGAUCAGGCCAGAGAAGGCGUCGCCUACUUUGAGGCACGCUACUCGCCGCACCUGCUGGCCUCGAAGGACAACUGUGUGACGCCGGCGCUGGUCAUCCAAGCGGUCAGCCGUGGCCUCGAAAGGGGAGAGCACGACUUCGGCGUCAAGGCUCGAUCCAUACUAGUCUCCGUCUGGGGAAACGACGAAUGGACCAUUGAUUGUUUGAGACUGUGUGAGGAGCACGAAGGCAUUGGCGUUGUUGGAAUUGAUAUUGCAAAGGACGAAGUGCAGACACCUGGCUACACGGCUGUAGAGGCCCAAGUCUUCCAGAGAGCGAAGCAGGUGGGCAUACCAAGGACAGCACAUGCAGGUGAAAGCGGCGCCUACUCAACCGUGCGAGAUGCCAUCGUCAAGCUGCACUGUGACCGUGUAGGACACGGAUACCGUGUUUUCCAAGACCCGACCGGCCAGAUAUACCAGUUGGCUCGCAAGAAGAACAUUCAUUUCGAAGUGUGCCCUUACUCCAGUGUUCUUUCGGGAGGCUGCCCACUGAGCACCCAGAGCCACUCCAUAGUCCGCUUUGCCGAGGAUAAUGUAAACUUCUCCAUCAACAAGGAUGACAGCACUAUCACGGGAAGUACACUGGAUCUUGAGUAUGCAUUCCUUAAACAACUCGGCCUGACUGAAGCCCACCUUAUUAGAGCGAAUAUAAAUGCUGCCCGAUCGUGUUUCCUGCCGCACUUGGAAAAGGAAGAUUUGCUUGAGCAUCUCUUCAAGGAAUACGGAAUCUCAUCUAAAAAAGUUGCGUAAAUAAAACAG